UCCAUUAUUGACGGUGACGGUAGUCUGCUCAUUUCUCACGGACGGUUUUCUCACGGACGCUCAAGUAUCGCGGUGCCCUUCCCGCAAGAACCUCUGUGUCAACUCGUUAAGGCCGGCCCCGCUGGGAUUUAUAUAUAGGAGAAUUUUUACGUGAUUUCCAAACAAGGAAGAGGCAGCUGCUUUAUAAUUUCAUUUGUUGAUUUUGGUUUUGGUAUUCCAAAUAUGGGCACCUCUGAAGAGUACGCUGCAUUUCAGGAGAAAGUUAAACGGACAGUUUAUAUUGACAACCUCUCACCACAGGUUACUGAACCUGUGAUGAAAAAUGCUCUGGAUCAGUUCGGUAAUGUAAAUAGUGUACAGUUCAUUCCGAACUACAUUGUGCCUGGGAAUAUCCCAAAGUGUGCGUUAGUGGAAAUGGAGAGCAAAAAACAAGCUGAUGCUGUUAUCUCUGUGAUAACAGAGUUCCCUUUCAUGAUAUCUGGGAUGCCUAGACCUGUGAGGGCAUCUGCUGCUGUGGAGAAUAUGUUUGAUGAUCGUCCCAGGAAACCUGAUAGAAAAAUACAUUGUCGUUGGCUUGAUAAUGACGAUCCUGAUUUCGAGAUAGCAAAGAAACUCAAGCAUCUUUCUCAAAUUCAUUCCAAAGAAGCUGACUUCUUGCUUAAGAAACAACUACAAGAAGAGGAGAAGCUUGCAAAGAAGCAGCAAGAAGAACUCAAAGCACAUUAUAAGAAGCACGAGUUGAUGGAUGGUAUCAUGUCUGAUGGAACUGCUAAGCGCUUGGCACGUCUUUAUAACAUCCGUCCUCCCAAUGAAGGAUAGGCUUUCAAAUUAGAAUCUUCCUCAUGUCUAACAAGUAAUGUCAGAUUGAUACUAGGUAACUGGUUUGUAGGCUCCACUAGUAUGAAGAAAACACAUUCUCACCUUUGUUAUAUGCAUACUAGGUAAUUUUUUCAGAUGAAGACAGACAGACCAGGUUACACUGAAGUCACCUGAGAAACUGUUCUAGUUCAAUUACACUCAAACUUUGGGCAUGUAAAUGCUUUUGCGCAGCAUCAGUUUUUUUGACUGGUAUUGUGUUUAAUCAUCUUCUAUUGAUAUUAGAACAAUAUUAUAGAUGCUGCCAUUGCAAUGA